CGCGCUCAUCAGCGAGCGGCCGCCUUCGGCGACCUCCGCGGCGCGGGCGGCGAUGAAGCGUUCUGUUUUCUUCUGAAGUCCAAGGACGUCUACUGCGCUCGUCCGACUCCUGCUCGGUCCUACGAGCCGCAUCUUCUCAGAGUUCUCGACGGCGGCAUGCGACCGCUGCCCGUCCGCUCUCUGGCGCCUGCCUCGCUGCUGCCGCUGAUCGACCAGCCUGGGGAGUUCAUCGACGGGUCGCAGGCGGUGCUGGACAGCAUGGUCGAGGCCGGUGAGCUCCCUCCAGCGCGCCCGUUCUGGGGCGCCAACCUGCGGCGCGACCCAGCCUUCCGGCUCGACCUCUUCAAGAGUCUCAAGGACGGCGCGCUACGGAUGGCGAUUGACGGCCGGGAGCCCUCGGGCAUGCGCCGCCGACCUGUUCGGACUGAGCCGGUGCCCGCUGCGGCCCUCAGUUGCCUCUGCCUCGACGCCCACCUGCUGCGCGACAGCGACUCCGAGCAUCGCGGGGCCAGUGCUGGCCUUCGUCGGGGCUUCAACCAGAUGCAGCGGCUCGAGGUCGGCAGCUGGUUCUGCUUCGACUGCCCGAUGGCCAUCCGCAAUUUCGACGCGGACCGCGUCCGCGACGAGGUGAGCCGGGAGUGCGUCCACGCCGACCCAGACACCUUCGUGCACCCGUGCUUCCAGGGACUCGCCAUGAGCUGGGGCUGGUCGCCCUACAUCUGCAAUGCCAUCGUAGAGGACGCCACUCGUGGCAUCGGCCAGGUGCUGUCCAUCCCCGCCGACGACGUGAGCCUCGUCGAUGCAGCGCUGGAGGCCAUCCUGCGCGAGUUCGAGAGGCGGGGCCUCUCCUUCCAUGAGGUCUCCUACGCGACGCAGGACUUCGCGUGUUCGGCGUGCGCCUCGACUUCGUCCUGGGCUGGGCGGUGCCGCAGCGGGGGCGCGCUUGGCGGCUUCACCGCUUCGCCGGGCGGUGACAGCCUUGGCUGCCCCGGGCCUUCUACUGGUCGGCCGAUCACGUUCGACGCGGAGCAGUUGCGCGAGCUGAACCUCGUGAAGGCCCUGAUCCUGUUGGCCGGGGUCGACCUCGGGGCGCGCUGGCAUCCGCGGGCGCAUUGCUCGGGCGCCAGCCUGCGGGGCUACGCCGUGGCCGCGUCGCACAUCGACGCCGACGAGCUGAGGGGCAUCGGGGCUCACCGAGGGCGCUGGCGCUUCUUCGCUCUUGACCGGUGCGCCGACGACCCUGGCGACCCGCCCAGCGCCGAGAUCGCCGCGCUGGCCGGCUUCGCCGCGAGCGGGGGCGACGACGCCGCCUUCGCGGGCACGGGCCGGCCGCCCCCCGGGCGAGGCGUCGCGCGGCGCCGGCAGACGGCCGGGAUUGAGGUCGAGACGGCGGCAGCCGCCGCCAGAAGAGGCGGCGCUGCCAGAUUCGGUCCUCGAGCCCACAGGCGAGCCGCCCGUUCGGCGGCGGCUCAUGGAUGCCGCGCGCUGUCCGUGGGCGACAACCUCUCGUCGACGGUGGCUUUCGAGAAGGGCAG